UAUACAUAGAGUUUAUUUAUUUCUUAUUGUGGAAAGUGAUCAGUUUUAAAUAAAUCAACAAUAUGACAUCAAUGUUUGACCAAUAUGAACAAGCCUCUCAACGGUCAAAACAAAUGCAAGCACCACCAAUUCGUCCCGAUAUUAGUACAGCAGGAUUUAUCCAAAUGAAAUUACAAGAUGAUGAGCCAAUUUUUAUAAAAAAGAAAGUUAAUUUUUUACCACCUGAUGAAAUUGUACAUCUUGUUGUUAAUAAUAAUAUAAUUGUUAUUGCUAUGGCCAAUAAUAUUCUCCUACGCAUUGAUAUGAAACAUCCAGAUACACCAGAAGAGAUUGAUAUAUCUAAAUAUGCACUAAACAUGAAAAUGUCAGGGAUGUUUCUUGAUCCUUUGGGUAAUCAUUUAUUAAUUACUUUGACUCCAAAAUCACAAGAUAACCCACCACCUGAGUUAUUUUAUUUACAUAAAAAGACAACAAAAUUAAAACAGGCAGGUAAAUUCAAAGGACAUGAAAUUACUGCUGUUGGGUGGAACUAUGCAAAUUCCUCUGAAACUACCACAGGGCCAAUUCUCUUGGGAACUUCAAAAGGUCUUAUUUUCGAAACAGAAAUUGGUUUAGAUGGUGAUAAAAUAUUCAAUACAAGUUUGGAGCAAUAUUGGCGUCAGCUUCCUAACUACUUACCUCUUUAUGGUGCUAAAGAGGUAGAAGGAUUGGUAUUCGAUAUAGGAAAAAACAGCAAUCCACCAAUUACUGGUUUAGAAUUCCAUAAAAUACCAAAUACUGAUACAUAUAUAAUUAUUGUCACUACUCUUAUUCGCAUUUAUCAAUAUAUUGGAUCAGUACAAAAUCUAGAAGAAAAACCUCUAUUGCAACAAGUUUUCAAUAAGUAUUUGAAUGUGGAAGAAAGCUUUACCGACGUAAUAAGUUCUUUGCCUUACUCUAAAAUGCAAUUUUAUUAUCCUGCACUUGGUGCAUUACCAAAGUCAUUUGGUUGGUUAACAGAAACUGGUAUCCUGUAUGCCCAGGUCAAUUCAAAGGUAGACCCGAAAAAUAUGUUAAUAAAUCGACAAAUGUUAAGAUCUCCUGAAGUAAGUCUCAUGGGAAACUACAUCUCAAAAGAAACAACUGCUCCAUUGUCUUUUGUUUUAACAGAAUUUCAUGCAUUGUUACUUUACGCGGAUCAUGUAAAAGGCAUAUCCCUUUUAAAUCAAGAAUUGAUAUUUGAAGAUAUUUACAAUGACGCUGUUGGAAACUUACUGAACAUUACUACAGAUUAUGUGACUCGUUCUGUGUGGGCAUAUAGCGAGCGCGCAGUAUUCAAAUACAAAAUUAAUAGAGAAGACAGAAAUGUUUGGCAGAUUUACAUUGAUAAAGGUGAAUUUGAGCUUGCCAAACAAUAUUGUAAAGAUAAUCCAGCACACAUAGAUCAAGUACUUGUAAAGCAAGCAGAAAUGUUUUUUAAAAAUAAAGAAUAUGAAAGGAGUGCUCUCACUUAUGCUGAUACUCAUUCAUCAUUUGAAGAAAUUUCUUUGAAGUUUCUACAGGAAUGGCAAAUAGAGGCUUUAAAAACAUUCCUUAAGAAGAAACUUGAAGGAUUGAAAACACAAGAUAAAACACAAAUAACCAUGAUUGUUGUAUGGGUGAUCGAAUUAUUUAUGAAUCAAAUGGGUGUAUUACGGAGUAAUAAUACAUCGUAUUUACACGAUUCCCGAUACUUAGAAUUACAAAAACAAUUUGAUAGUUUCCUUGCUAUUCCACAAGUUGAGGAAUGCAUCAAAAGGAAUCGUAGUACUAUAUACGAUUUAAUAGCAAGUCACGGCGAUAAAGAUAAUCUUAUACGUUUAACUAUAAUGCAUUGCAAUUAUGAAGAAGUGAUACGUCAGCAUUUAUACAAAAACAAUUAUUUAGAAGCCUUUGAAGUUUUAAAAAGUCAAAGUAACAGAGAUCUCUUUUAUCAAUUCUCUGGUAUUCUUUUACAAGAAUUACCACGCCCUACAGUGACUGCUUUGAUAUCACAAGGUUCAUUAUUAAAGCCAUCUAAACUUCUUCCAGCUUUAGUGUCUUGUAAUAGUGAUGAAAAACAUGCAAAGGAAGUAAUCAGAUAUCUAGAGUUUUGUGUAUAUAAACAAAGCUGUCAGGAACAGGCAAUUCAUAAUUUCCUAUUGUCUUUAUACGCUCGUUAUAAACAAGACGAAGUAAUGCGUUAUAUUAGUUCUCAAGGCCAAGAUAUAAAUAUGGUACAUUAUGAUGUGCACUAUGCGCUACGAUUAUGCCAAGAAGUUGGUUUAACCAAAGCAUGUGUGCAAUUGUCUGCUUUACUUGGACUCUGGACAACAGCAGUUGAUUUAGCUUUGACAAGCAGUGUUGACCUUGCUAAACAAAUAGCUGCUAUGCCUUCUGAUCACGAUGACGAAUUACGGAAAAAGUUAUGGUUGAAAAUAGCUGAACACGUGGUUCGAGAGAAAAAUGAUAUACAGCAAGCAAUGAAAUUUUUACAAGAUUGCGAUAUAGUCAGGAUAGAAGAUAUACUACCAUUUUUUUCAGACUUUGUUACUAUAGAUCACUUUAAAGAUGCUAUUUGCAAUUCGUUACAGGAAUAUAAUCAACAUAUUCAAGAUCUCAAAGAAGAAAUGCAAGAAGCAACAAAAGCUGCUGAGCUUAUUAGGAAGGAUAUACAAGAGUUUAGAACAAGGUGUACAUUUAUACAUGCAAAGGACACAUGCAAGAUCUGUGAUUUUCAAUUAGUAGUACGACCUUUUUAUGUAUUUCCUUGUGGACAUAGAUUUCAUAGCGAUUGUCUUGUAGCUGCACUAACACCUAUGUUGGCAAUGGAUCAGAGAACAAAGCUAGCUGAUCUGCAGCGACAACUUACCGCUCUUUCGAACAGACCGGAAGAUACUACAUCAGUUGGAUCUGUAUCUUUAUCUACAAAAGAUCAAAUCAAGGCCGACAUCGACGAAUUGGUAGCCUCUGAAUGUUUAUAUUGUGGAGAACUUAUGAUAGAAUCUAUAAAUAAACCAUUUAUCGAAGAAGAAGAUUACGAGAGAGUAAUGAAGGAAUGGACAUAAAUAAUAAGUUAUUCGCUUGUAAAUUAUUUCAGUAAAUAUUCGUCUACUUUGUGUAGUAUGCUUAUUUAUACAAAUUAUUGCUCUUAAUAAAAGAAAUAUUUGUAUUAUGCCAUUUUGAAUAUGAAAACUGUUUAUUUUGUAUAUAUUAUAAUUUAUAAAUGCAAGAAUAAAA